AUGUCUGAUGCCGAUAUUGAAGCUGUUCGGCGGCUUCAAGCCGAGCGCAAUGCUGCUGCUGCUGCCAAAAAAGGUUCAAGGACCUUUGACUCAUCUAGCCAGCGCACUGACAACUCGACUAAGGCCUCCCUGACUGAAUCCUUCGACACGACUUUGUUCGAUCGGAACGGAUCUGACAAGUUCGCUGGCUACGAUACAUCUAUUGCAGUGAAUGGCGAUGAUGACGAAGAUAUGGAAGAUGCGAAUGGCGGCCAUCGCUUGGUCGGCCAGUACACUGCAACCAGAAGCCAGAUCGAUGAGAUGGCCCACGGAAACGGAGUGGAGGAAGAGGACAUCUUACUUGGCCGUGAGAAGGCUGCUCGUAUUUCUGAUCGAGAAUCUGACUACCAGAAGCGCCGGUUCAACCGCGGCCCUCUCACACCCACUCGCGCCGAUCCCUUCGCUGCCAACGCCGACGCAAAUAUGGAGGAGGGAGAUGGUCAGACCUACCGAGAGGUUAUGGCCCUCCAUGAACUCGAAAAGGAAGAGGAGCGUAUUAAUAAGCUGAUCGCCGAAAAGCGAGAGCAGGGCGAAAACGUUGCGAUCCCAGAACACGAAGCCACAUUGAAGAUUGCCGAGCAGGCCGAUUCCGGUGCCGCCGUUGAAGCAGCUGGCAGGAAGCGAAAGAAGCGUUGGGACGUGGAUACAGAGGAGAAUGGAGCAGACGAAGAGGCCAAGCCCGUGGAGACGCAGACAAAGCGAUCCCGAUGGGAUGAGACUCCCGCUCCCGAGGUGUCCGUAGAACCCAAGCGUCCAUCGAGGUGGGAUCUAGCACCUGCAGCCACCCCUAUUGGCAACCAAGGGCUUGCCACUCCUAUGCACCCGUCCCAAGGAGGUGCAGCCGUGGCACCUGGCUUCGGGACCGAUUUGGCUGUCCGACCUGGAGAUUGGACUGAUGAGGAGCUCGACAUGAUGCUACCUUCUGAGGGGUAUAAGAUUCUGGAGCCUCCUCCAGGAUACGCCCCAAUCCGAAAUCCUGCACGCAAAAUGAUGGCGACUCCAGCCCCUUUGGCUGGUGCUACCGGUGUUGGUGGAUUUAUGAUGCAAGAACCCGAGAGCGCUCGGUCUCUGGGCAAGGAGCUUCCAACAGAUAUCCCCGGUGUUGGCGACUUGCAGUUCUUCAAGCCGGAGGAUAUGGCCUACUUCGGAAAGCUCAUGGAGGCUGGAGAUGAAAGCACCAUGACUGUCGAGGAAAUGAAAGAGCGCAAGAUUAUGAGGUUGUUGCUUAAAGUCAAGAACGGCACACCUCCAAUGCGAAAGACAGCAUUGCGUCAGCUUACGGACAAUGCGCGGAACUUUGGAGCCGGUGCUCUUUUCAACCAGAUUCUUCCUUUGCUCAUGGAGAAGUCCUUGGAGGACCAAGAACGUCACUUGCUGGUCAAGGUCAUUGAUCGAGUUCUCUACAAGCUAGACGACUUGGUUCGUCCCUACGUCCAUAAAAUCCUGGUCGUUAUCGAGCCACUGCUCAUCGAUCAAGACUACUAUGCUCGAGUAGAGGGUCGGGAAAUUAUCUCCAACCUUUCCAAGGCCGCUGGUCUCGCGACUAUGAUCAGUACGAUGCGUCCCGAUAUUGAUCACGUCGAUGAGUAUGUGCGAAACACCACAGCACGAGCGUUCGCGGUCGUGGCCUCCGCUCUGGGUAUCCCAGCCCUUCUUCCAUUCCUCCGCGCUGUCUGCCGCAGUAAAAAGUCUUGGCAGGCUCGUCACACUGGUGUGAAGAUUGUCCAACAAAUCCCCAUUUUGAUGGGAUGCGCCAUUCUUCCUCACCUCAAGGGUCUUGUCGACUGCAUCGCAGACAAUCUGAGCGAUGAGCAGGCCAAGGUUCGAACUGUCACUGCUUUGGCCGUGGCUGCUUUGGCUGAAGCCGCCAACCCCUACGGUAUCGAAAGUUUCGACGAGAUCCUGAACCCUCUCUGGACCGGCGCUCGCAAACAGCGUGGCAAGGGUCUUGCCGCCUUCCUCAAGGCUGUUGGCUACAUCAUUCCACUUAUGGACGAGGAGUACGCCAAUUACUAUACCAGUCAAAUCAUGGAGAUUCUCUUACGAGAAUUUUCGUCUCCAGAUGAAGAAAUGAAGAAGGUGGUGCUUAAGGUAGUCUCGCAGUGCUCUAGCACCGAUGGUGUGACUGCCAACUAUCUCAAGGAACACGUCUUGACCGAUUUCUUCAAGAGUUUCUGGGUCCGGCGAAUGGCACUGGAUCGACGAAACUACCGCCAGGUCGUCGACACAACUGUCGACCUCGGCCAGAAAGUGGGUGUUGGCGAGAUCCUCGAGCGAAUCGUUAACAACUUGAAGGACGAAAGUGAGCCGUACCGUAAGAUGACGGUGGAGACCAUCGAGAAGCUAGUUGCUUCUCUCGGAGCUGCCGACAUUUCGGAGCGGUUGGAAGAACGCCUUAUUGAUGGUGUCCUGUUUGCUUUCCAAGAGCAAAGCAUUGAGGAUAUCGUCAUCUUGAAUGGCUUUGGUACUGUGGUUAACGCCCUCAGCACUCGAUGCAAGCCAUACCUCCCGCAGAUCGUGUCUACCAUUCUUUGGCGGUUGAACAACAAGUCCGCGACCGUUCGUCAGCAGGCGGCAGAUCUGAUCUCGCGCAUUGCGAUGGUCAUGAAGCAGUGUGGCGAGGACGCUCUGAUGGGCAAGCUGGGCAUCGUUCUAUACGAGUACUUGGGUGAAGAAUAUCCCGAGGUGUUGGGCUCGAUUUUGGGCGCCCUGCGGUCCAUUGUGACUGUGGUCGGUAUCAACCAGAUGCAGCCGCCCAUUCGAGAUCUACUACCCCGUCUCACUCCUAUCUUGCGUAACCGUCACGAGAAGGUGCAGGAGAACACCAUCGACCUUGUCGGUCGUAUCGCAGAUCGUGGCCCCGAGUCGGUCAAUGCUCGUGAGUGGAUGCGUAUCUGCUUCGAGCUGCUGGAUAUGCUCAAGGCUCACAAGAAGGGUAUUCGUCGCGCAGCCAACAACACUUUUGGCUUCAUUGCAAAGGCCAUUGGUCCUCAGGAUGUCUUGGCCACCCUCCUAAACAACUUGCGUGUGCAGGAACGUCAGUCUCGUGUUUGCACGGCUGUCGCCAUUGGUAUUGUCGCUGAAACUUGCGCUCCCUUCACUGUGCUGCCAGCCUUGAUGAACGAGUACCGCGUUCCUGAGCUUAACGUCCAGAACGGUGUUCUCAAGGCCAUGUCCUUCCUGUUUGAAUACAUUGGUGAGAUGGCCAAGGAUUACGUUUACGCCGUCACUCCCCUGCUCGAGGAUGCUCUCAUCGACCGUGAUCAGGUUCACCGGCAGACUGCAGCGAGCGUGGUCAAGCACAUUGCGCUGGGGGUUGUCGGUCUUGGCUGCGAGGAUGCCAUGGUCCAUCUCCUUAACCUCGUGUUCCCCAAUAUCUUUGAAACCAGCCCUCACGUCAUUGACCGGAUCAUCGAAGCCAUCGACGCUAUUCGCAUGGCCGUUGGAACAGGCACUGUCAUGAACUAUGUCUGGGCAGGCUUGUUCCACCCAGCUCGAAAGGUACGCACGCCUUACUGGCGCCUUUACAAUGACGCUUAUGUCCAGGGUGCGGACGCGAUGGUUCCCUACUAUCCGGAUAUGAAGGCCGAUGGUUUGGAUCGUUCAGAGCUUGAUAUCAUCGUUUGA